AUGGCACUAUAUCGUCUUGUGUGGUCAACUAAAGCCAGACUAGAGGCAAGGACUAUGUUGCUGUAUAUGGUAUGUUUACUAAUAACCACGGUAACUGGUUAUGGUAACUACAGACUUAGAAUACCACAUGGCGAUAAAGUACCAGACCCGUGCCAUCCGGGUAAAAUAUGGAGAGGUGUUGGCCAUACUGGUGUUGAAGGUGGUGGUGCGAGAAAUCCUUUUGGUUUAGAUUUUGAAAAAGUAGGCAAGUUAUGGACUAGAUUAUGUCGACUGGAUAGUGACGGUGAUGGUAAAAGUAAUGGUGAGGAACUUGGUGAUCCGAGAUGUGUAUGGUCACCGGGAAGUGUUCCACCGAAGUUAAAGAGAGCAAUAUCCCAUCCAGGUGUCUGUGAACCAAUGGACAGUCCACUGUGUAAAGAGAUGAAUAAAUGGUUAGAUUGUAAUGAAAGAAAUCUCAACUGUUCUGUAUUUAAAGAUCCAGAUAUCCGGAAUAUAACGCUGAAAUUCCAAGAGAGGGUUCCAGUUCCAUCAAGAGAGACCAACUAUUAUUGUAUGAUAUUUGAUUUCCCUACUGAUCGAGACUAUCAUCUUGUUGCUACUCAACCAGUUUUAGAUAACAAACAACUGGCUCAUCAUAUACUAGCAUUUGGUUGCGACACUUCCGCAGAGAUAGAUGUACCACCAGGCCCCUAUCCCUGUGCUAUGUUGGCUCAUCCACAAUGUUUAGAUAUAAUAGGUACAUGGACAGUAGGUAGUGCUGGAGAAUGUGUAAAUAAUAAUACUGGUUUCAGAUUGGGAAAAAAUGGUUACAGAAAAGCAGCGUUACAGGUACAUUGGAACAAUCCCGAGAAGCUUUCGAAUUUAGAAGACGCAUCAGGCCUACGUCUGUAUUAUACACCAAAUGUAAGAAAAAACGACGCAGGAAUGUUAGUAGUAGGUCAAGAUUUCAUUCAGCUAAAUCCUUCACUCCCAGAAACCACAGUAACCGUUGACUCUGUUUGUGCUUCUAAAUGUACCAGAGAAAUGUUUGACACUCCCAUUUAUAUUACGUCAGCAAUCAAUCAUAUGCAUUAUUUCGGUUUAUCUCAAAUAAUAUCUCAAUAUAGAAAUGGUAGUAAAGUUCGAGAUAUUACUAAUGAUUUAAUUUAUAGUUAUGAUAGUCCUAUUAUCAAUACUUUCAACUCGCCUAUUGAAAUUCUACCUGGAGAUGAGCUCCAUACAGAAUGUGUUUAUAAAUUACCUGUUACUAAUCCACCUAUUUGUCAAGGUGAUGGAACACAAGAUGAAAUGUGUUACGGUUUUAUUACCUAUUAUCCCGCUCAUAGAUUAAUCAGACCAUGGUGUACGACUCGCAAGUCAAUCCAGUCAUGCCAAAGACAUCUACCUCGAUAUCAGAAUGAAGCUAUUGACGGUUGUCGUUGGAAAGAGUUUUUAAGCAAAGAGAUUAAUUCAGCAGUUUUACAUGUGGUCGUUACAUGUUACCAUGACGACGUUUUAAUUGACUGUAGUGGCCAGUGUCUGUCCGCUCUUGAAAAAUAUCGAAACCACGCAUGUCUUAAUGGUGAUAUCGGUAGUUACGUCAUAUCCAAAUUGCGAAGAGAUGAACUUGGUCAACAGUUUUUAAAUGCAAUGGACAUCUGUGAUUGCUCAAAAGACUUGGGAUUGGGAUAUUGCGAUAGGCUGAUAGAACGGGCAUUAAUAGGAGAUCAGCGUAAAAAAUAUUGUACACCAGAAGGCAAGGCAAUAUCUUAUAAAAAAUAUCUCCCCGGAAACACGGCUCAAGUAAUUGUUGACGAUUUUAAUAAUGGUGAAAACUCCAUCCAAGUUAUCCAAUGUAAUAUUGUUGUGUUUAUAUGGAUUAUGUUUAGUGGUAUAUUUGUUGUAUGA